GUAGAAACAAAAGGUAACAGGAGAAGAGAAAGAAAAGGAAAAAGAAAAAAAAGGGAAGGAAAAGCCAAAAAUUUAUUUUUUCUUUUCGUCUCCAAAACCCAAACCUUGGAGACAUAAAAAGAUGGCUGGAGGUGCUUUUGUUGCAGCUGGAGGAAAAGGUCAAAACUAUAAUGGUGGUGUAACCGCCUUUGUUGUGUUUGCCUGUGUUGUGGCUGCCAUGGGUGGUCUCAUAUAUGGUUAUGAUCUUGGAAUUUCAGGAGGAGUCACCUCCAUGCAAUCUUUUUUGGACAAGUUUUUCCCAUCUGUUGAAAGAAAAAAAAAGGCAGAGGAAGGUAAAGACAACGCAUAUUGCAAAUUCGACGACGCAAUUCUGACGUUGUUCACCUCCUCACUCUAUCUCGCUGCAUUAUUUGCAUCUUUUUUUGCAUCAUCCGUCAUGAAAAUCUUUGGCCGGAAGCCAUCUAUGUUUGUGGGAGGUCUGAUUUUCCUCAUAGGAUCUAUUCUAAAUGCAAUUGCUCCAACCGUUGCAUUGUUGAUCAUCGGUCGUAUAUUGCUUGGUAUCGGUGUCGGUUUUGGUAAUCAGUCUGUUCCGGUAUACCUAUCUGAAAUGGCACCUGCAAAACUCAGAGGAGCACUCAACAUGGGAUUCCAAAUGGCAAUCACCAUUGGUAUCCUCGUCGCGAAUCUUAUUAACUAUGGAACUAAUAAGAUUGAUGGCGGAUGGGGUUGGAGACUCUCUUUAGGUCUUGCAGGUGUUCCUGCAAUCUUGAUGACUAUCGGUGCAAUCUUCUUGCCUGAGACACCAAACUCUAUCAUUGAGAGAGGUCAGGUUGAUAAAGCUAAAAUAAUGUUGCAAAAAAUCCGUGGCACCGACAACGUGGACAAUGAACUUCAUGACCUUAUUGAUGCAAGUGAGGCAGCAAAGAAAGUUGAAAACCCAUGGAGGAACAUCCUUCAACGCAAAUACAGGCCUCAACUAGUACUGUGCAUUCUCGUUCCUUUCUUUCAACAGCUUACCGGCAUAAACGUUAUUAUGUUUUAUGCUCCUGUCCUCUUCAAGAGUUUGGGUUUUGGAGACAACUCUUCCCUUAUGUCUGCAGUCAUAACCGGUGGGGUUAAUGUACUUGCCACCUUAGUUUCUAUCUUCACAGUUGACAAGUUCGGUAGGAGGAUUUUGUUCCUUGAAGGUGGUGUUCAAAUGCUCCUAUGCCAGGUUGCCGUUGGAGUUAUGAUCGGAGCAGAAUUCGGUACUAAUGGACAAGGAUCAUUCUCAGAUUCCAAAGCAGAUUUGCUAUUGUUCUUCAUUUGUGCAUAUGUAGCAGCAUUUGCUUGGUCAUGGGGACCAUUGGGAUGGUUAGUCCCUAGUGAGAUUUGUCCAUUGGAAAUCCGAGCAGCUGGACAAGCAAUCAACGUUUCGGUUAACAUGUUAUUCACCUUCUUCAUUGCGGAACUCUUCCUCAAACUGCUUUGUCACUUUAAAUUUGGUCUAUUCUUUUUCUUCGCCGCCUUUGUCGUGAUUAUGACCGUUUUCGUCACUUUCUUCAUGCCGGAAACGAAAGGAGUUCCGAUCGAAGAGAUGAAUAGAGUGUGGAAAGCACAUUGGUUCUGGGGUAAGUUUGUCUCCGAUGAAGCUGAGAAUAAUAAGGUUCAUGACCAUAAUACAGUGGCCAGAGACUAAAACUUGCAUAUAAUUAUUGUUGUAAAAUCUCAAACGAAUCAAUGUAUAUAGAAAUUUCUGAGAUUGGUUAUUAUUGUGAGAUUGUGAGGAAGGAAAAUUAUGUGUUUUCCUCUUGACACACAAACGAAGGAAGAAAAAGAAACGGAAAUUUAACGUACAAAGCAAUAACAACUUCAACUGUGCAUUAUUCAUUA